AUGGCGCGCGAUUCGCUGGAGCUGGCCUCGCUGGCCUCCUCGAGCCAGCUCAACGACCAGACCGCCGACGACGUUUCCUCACGCCCAAGCAUCGGCUCCUCGCGUCGUCUGUCCCUUAUAGAAGAGGAUCCCUUACACCCGUCCGACUACGAAUCCGGUCGAGCGCGCAUGAACCGAUCGUACAGCGUGUCGUCAGCCUUCGACUUUGCGGCCAACAUGUUCCCGUUAAGCUCGACAGCUGCCGGUGGCGGAAGCGGAUAUGCGCCUCUGGGAGCGCCGACGGCGAAUGGCGGUGUGGAGAGCUUGGAGAAACACAAGACGCUGACAUACCUCAACGGGCUGAGUCUCAUUAUCGGUCUUGUCAUCGGGUCCGGCAUCUUCUCGAGUCCUAGUCAGGUGGGAAGCCAGGUCGGGUCUCCUGGUGCUGCGCUGGUCGUCUGGGUUUUCGCCGGUAUCCUGGUCUGGACGGGUGCGUCCUCGUACGCUGAGCUCGGCGGCGCGAUACCCCUCAACGGGGGCUCGCAGGUGUACCUGGCCAAGACAUUCGGGGAGCUGACGGGGUUCCUGUUCACGUGGGUAGCUGUUCUGGUGCUGAAGCCGGGCAGCGCGGCGAUCAUUGCGAUCAUCAUGGGAGAGUAUUUUGCGAGGGCGUUCAUUGGCGCGGAUGCGGAGACGAUGAAUCCAUGGGUGAGCAAGGGGGUGGCUUUGGUGGGACUGGUUCUCGUCACGUCCCUCAACUGUGUGUCGACCAAGAUGGGUACGCGAGCGAAUGACAUGCUCAUGUUCCUCAAAUUCUUCGCCCUGCUGGGCGUCGCCGUGAUUGGUAUCAUCGUGGCCGCCACUGGGAUCUCGUACAAGGGCGACGCGCACAACGACUGGAAGAAGACGGGAUGGUUCGACAAUACGAGCUCGGACCUGUCUCACUGGGCCGUGGCGCUGUACGGUGGUCUGUGGGCCUACGAUGGCUGGGACAAUACGAAUUACGUGGUGGGCGAGUUUCGUAACCCGCAACGCGACCUGCCCCGGGUGAUCAAUACGGCCAUGCCACUGGUCAUCUGUUUCUACGUGUUGGCAAAUGUAGCGUACUUGCUAGUGUUGCCGCUCGACAAGGUCAACAGCUCCAACACAGUAGCGGUGGCCUUUGGCUCGCAGGUGUUUGGACCCGUGGGCGCGCUCAUCUUCGCGCUCAUUGUCAGCGCGAGCUGCUUUGGCGCCCUCAACUCGUCGACCUUUACGUCGAGCCGCCUCAUCUACGUAGCCGGCAAGGAGAGCUACUUUCCCGAGAUUUUCGGCACGCUAGGUGUCGGGAAUGCCGACCGGCAGAGCCUCAACACGCAGCACACCCGAAGCUGGGCUAUCAAGAAGCUGAGUGCGCUGGUGGGCGACGGGGACGCGGGGCUAUUCUGCACACCCAUCUACGCGCUGCUCCUGAACGGCAUCCUGACGGCGCUCUACUGCAUUGUGGGCGAGUUCAGCACCCUCGUCACCUUUUACGGUGUGGCCGGCUACAUCUUCUACUUCUUGACCGUGCUGGGCGUCAUUGUUUUGCGCUAUAAGGAGCCGAACCUCGAGAGGCCGUACAAGACGUGGAUCACGACACCAAUCAUCUUCUGCUGCGUCAGCCUGUUCCUGCUGAGCAAGGCUGUGUUUGCAGAGCCCAUACAGACGCUGAUUGUGCUGGCGUUCAUCGUUGUGGGCAUUCCAGUGUACUACUGGCGGGUGAAGGGACGGGAUCGCCCGCUCAAGAGGGAGGAUGCCAGCGACAGCCAGCCCUGGUGGAAGUUCUGGAAAUGA